UAUGUCGGAGGCUAACUCAUACACCUUGCUCUUUUUAGGAAUACGCAACAGCUAUUACUCCGGCAAAACCCAAAAUGGUGCAUGUCAGACGUUCCUUCAGCUCUUCCCGCUCUUCCCACUCCCGCUCCACUACGUCCUCGUCCGACCAAGAUUGUGGUCGGACUCUGGUCGAGCCUGCGACACCCGAACCCCAGCCCGAAUCUCACUUUUCGCAUAUUCUCUCCACCCCACCCGAGACUCCAGAAACUCACGAUACUUACGAUCCCAUGCUCUACCAAAACGAUACCACCACGGAGCAUUCUUCCUCCUGUUCCUUCCCCUCUCACCCCUCUUCGGCCUCGAAACUCCUUCUCCUCUCCUCCCCUUCACAUCCUUCCCACCAUCCUGUCUUAUCGCCUCUCCACCUUUCCAAGCCUAGUCUCGCAGCUGUAUCCCGCCCACUUUUCCUGACCCCGCCCCACUCUCCCGAAAAGCGCCUCCCCACCCCCGCCGCUAUUCAGCAGAGUGUAAUUUCACCCUCCUCCUACCACCCUUGCUUAAAUAUCGCUCCCUCUGUCGCCAAUGUCAUUUCCCUUCUCGAAGCAUCCAUUUCGAACUUCCCAUGUACCAUGCUCCAACCCGAUUCUACAACCAUUGACCUGGUCCGCGAUGCUCAAGCUGCCUUGCACGCCGUGCCUGCUGGCCUAUCUCUUCACCGCCAUCCCCAUCCCCAUCAUCCUCCGGCGGGAGCAUAUGGAAGUAGUAGCGGCAUGACCAAUCAUCAUCAGCAUUUUGGUCUGCAGCAGCACUUGCAUCACCAGCCCCGCCCUCGCCAGCUCAAGACGGAUUUAUCCCCGUUCCAGCGCGUUUUCCCUAUUACUUCUGAUUUCCUCCGCGGCACGCUGUACGCAAACAUUGUCGCAUGGAAUUAUAUUACUGAUUUGAUGGCGACCACUUCGAACUCUGUCAGCACGCACGACGAAACCCAUUGGAACUACCAUCACCAGCAGCGGAAACAGCAGCAGAGGCAACAAAAACAGCAAAAGCAGCAUGUAAAUACAAUUAGUCUCAAAGCAGCUCAGACCCUUGGGUUGGGACUGACGCCGCCAUCCUCGUCGUCGUCUUCGUCGUCAUCUCAUGGUUAUGGUACUGGAGCUGGACCUAACGCCGCAUCGGACAAAGGUCCAUCAAUGUCCCCUGCCCGCCUGGCGCGGCUGGAGCGCAAUCUCGGCGUCUGCGUGGGCAGGCUCAUGGAAGCCAUGUGUGGAAAGGGCAGACGAGAUGGGGACGCGACAUUGGUGACCACUGUUAGGGAAGUGGUCAGGCAAAUGGAGGAUGCGUCGCUGAACGCAACCUUGACGUAUCUGAAUUUCUUACGCGUUUAAUUUUCCGUUUUACUCUUAUUUAAACUAUUUGGCUCUAAUAUCAAUUAUUGCUCCUUUUGGUUUUGUUUUUGUGUUGUUUUUCGUUGGGUUGAUUCAUUUUACUACCUUUAUACCACUGCGAAUGGCUUCUGCUUAAUUGUGUUUUCAUGUUAAGACUACGUCGGCGAAUGACUUUUCUUCUCCAAGAUAUCCAGACUUUAAUGAUCAUGAACGAG